GGGUUUGGCGUUCCAGCUUCUAGAUUCUGCCCACUCCAUCUCCGUUUCUAAGUUCCGACUACAUACGAAGCAUCUGACCUCAAAUCAGCUUUCCCUACUUAGCAUUUGUUUAGAAAUCAGCGACCCUCCAUCUACAAAACCUACUACAGAAAUCCUUAACACAAAAAAGGAUGCCUGUAAUUCCUACCACUUUAAUUAACGAUUCUGGAGUUAAAGACAACAAAACCAAAGAUUCUGGAUUCUAGAUGGGUAACACUCUGUACUCCAACAAAAAGGGAGAUUCAUACCAUUUGUGUAUAUUCAGAGUUAAAGAACCGUUAAACAUGUUAAGUUGAUUUGAGACCAUCAGGAGCAGGUUCACGUUACACCCUAACACCAUAAUAGCUCUCUCUUUCAUUGCCCUUGUGGUUUUGGAGUAUAGACCACAUUCAACCAUUUUGGUAGAAAAAUUCUACGAUUUGCUGUGGUGUGGGAAGAGUCAUGCCCGGAAGCUGCUAUUAUAGGUGAAAUAUGGAAUCUUACGCAUCAAUAUGCAUGAAGCAAGUGCAGUGUGUUUUCAUUGGGAGCACAUAAAAAGGCAUUUAUUCAUAAAUUUGCAGCAAACAAAGAUUGUUAUUGUUUUCAAUUUGAUUCUGUAAUUGUUGUAAUAAUUAGAUAUAGGUAAGAUUUAGGAGACAUCAAUCUCCAGGGCAUACUGCAGGUAAUAAAAGUCGCUUCAAGCCUGCAAAGCUUGGUCAAACACACCGCUUCUCCAAUACGUUACAGCUCCUAGGUUUACUGAAGACCAUCUUCCUUCUGCAUGUCAAUCACGCCCAGCUUCUGUAGUUAGGGAAUCGCUGCUAGGAGCUGCACCCCAACAUCACGGAAUCUCCCAAAUCUUCUAUUGGCUCGUGUUCUGUCAACGAAUUCUAGGAAAGACCAGAUAUAUACAAGAGACUGGUUCAAAAUUUUGGAUUUUUUAUGGCACAAUGCUCUCUCGCUAACAUUGGUGUGUUGCCGAGAGCAUGGGAGUAACUUUCAUCAGUAAAAGCAUCUUGGUGCGACUAUCAAGGAAGUUUCGACAUGUCCAAGCACGAUCACUCUGCAGCAAUAACAAACCACCCACCAACAACAGCAAUAUAAACAAGGAAGUAGUAGAAUCUUCCUCUUCUUCUUUGACACGAUAUGAUGCUUACAAGGAGCUAGACAACCUCAAUUUCAUCACGGCUGCUAAGAUUCUCUUUUCCGAUCCUCCCAAGAAAAAGAAAUUUGGGCUCGAUUUCCAUCUGGUACAACUUUUCUUUGCCUGCCUGCCUUCACUGGCUGUGUAUUUGGUAGCCCAAUAUGCUCGCUAUGAUAUCAGAAGAAUGGAGGCGGAAGUGGAAUUAAAAAAGAAAGCUGAAGAAGAAGCAAAAGCAAAAGAAAUGGAAGCAGGAGCAGAUAUGGAGAAAGAAGAAACAUCUGAUCCAAAGCUGUUGGAGUUGAAAGCGAGGUUGGACAAGUUGGAGGAGGCAGUCAAAGGAAUAGUGGUUGAAUCAAAAAAAGAGUCGCCUGCUGGAAUUGGGAAAGGCCCAACAAUUGGUAGUCAGGAUAAACAAACUUCAAUAGCUGGAGAGCGAAACACACAAGUAUCAGGUCACAAGUAGGCACAUUUCUAAUGUUGAAAACUAUGCAAACAAGAAGACUAUUGGGGAAACACCAUUUUCUUCACUCUUCAGCCUCUAUUUUUGAAGUACAUGCAUGGUUGAGUUAAUGAUAUACAUAGUACUUGUCAUCAUGAGGGAAGCAAUAUAUAGUGUAUUUUCCAUUAUCAUUCAUAGUAUUAAAACAUGAAAUCUUGUAUAUUGUACUCACAACAAAAUAUUAAAAUAAAUAUACGAGAAUGAUAUAAUAAAUUCUACACUUUCAAUAUGAUAUUUUCAUGUUGAUAAAAAUAAUGACAUACUAUGAAC